GGCUGUGUCACAAAAUUAUGAUUUGAUGCACUGUAUCCAACAAGGCACCAGCUAAUACAGAAUAUGUUUUUAUAUGUGUAGCGUCUCUAUAGUAGACUACCCGCAAGCUCGCGCUCUGUGGUGCUGCGAGUUCAAUGGUCAGUGAGACGCACUCAGCUCGCGCAGCCCAGAACGUCCCACAUACUCGCGCGACAUCAACAACAAUGGUUAACCAUAGUGUGUUUUGGUAGGAGAUUGCUGAUUGGAGCUAGACAAGCUUAGUGGCUGUUUGCGCGUCUUAUUUCUUCUUUUGUAUUUGCGAGCUUUAGUUUCACAACAGUGGUCGUCUAUUGCCAUUUUUUUUUUUUUUUUUAUUUCGAAAAUGUGCGAGGCGCUGUUGGCCAGCUCACACAGUCUGUGCAUGUGUGUCCCUGCUGCUUUUCUGCUGGGCUACGGCUACUAACCUAGCUGCUUUUCAUUCGGUGGUUAGCUAACGUUAGCCUGGCCGCGUUUAUUGACUAGAGGGGGAAAACACAAGCGAAUGUAAAGCGUGUUUGUGUGAUCUGUUUAUGACACCAGCCCUUAACUAUUUUCUAGUGGUCGCUGUCGGUUACGGUAAGAAUUGUUGUAUGAUUGGUCGUAGAAUAUACUUUGCUGGCUAGCUAACAGGCUAGCUAUUUGUGUGUAUUCUUCGACUGAAGAAAACGAGUCGAGUUUUCUUUGAAAGUAUGGAUGACCAGACCAGGAUGCUGACGGGUCUCACAGGACUCGCUGGACUAGCACAAGCCGAUGUCGGUGAUCCAGACUCGGUUAGAAAACAGCAGUCCCUCGGCCAACCUCAACAAGACAUAGGGGAUAUCCUACAGCAAAUAAUGGCCAUCACCGACGAAAGCCUGGACGAAGCACAGGCCAGAUGCUGGCCAGAGGAAUCGCCGGCGCAUUGGGGUGGAUCAGACGACCCCACAGAGGGAGGGAGAGCAGGGGGGGGCAUGGCAGGGGGUGGCCUGCCACUCAACUUCCAGCACAGGAAGCAUGCCCUGAACUGUCACAGAAUGAAGCCAGCCCUCUUCAGCGUUCUCUGUGAGAUCAAAGAGAAGACGGUGCUGAGUAUACGAGGUGUGCAGGAGGAGGACCCCCCAGAUCCUCAGAUCAUGCGGUUGGACAACAUGCUGCUAGCAGAGGGGGUGUCAGGUCCAGAGAAGGGAGGGGGCUCGGCCGCGGCGGCUGCAGCUGCAGCGGCGGCGGGGGGCUCACCCACCGACAGCAGCAUCGAACACUCCGACUACAGAGCCAAGCUCGCACAGAUCCGCCAGAUCUACCACUCUGAGCUGGAGAAAUACGAGCAGGCCUGCAGUGAGUUCACCAACCAUGUAAUGAACCUGCUGAGAGAGCAGUCUCGCACACGGCCCAUCUCUCCCAAGGAGAUUGAGCGCAUGGUGGCCAUCAUCCACCGCAAGUUCAGCUCCAUCCAGAUGCAGCUCAAACAGAGCACCUGCGAGGCCGUCAUGAUCCUGCGCUCACGCUUCCUCGACGCCAGACGUAAGCGGCGCAACUUCAACAAGCAAGCCACAGAGGUACUGAACGAAUAUUUCUACUCCCACCUCUCUAACCCUUACCCCAGUGAGGAGGCUAAGGAGGAACUGGCCAAAAAGUGUGCGAUCACUGUGUCUCAGGUCUCUAAUUGGUUUGGCAACAAGAGAAUACGCUACAAGAAGAACAUCGGUAAGUUCCAGGAGGAGGCGAACCUCUACGCGGUGAAGACAGCGGUGGAUGCUGCCAAUGUGUCUGCGCAGGCUAGCCAGGCUAACUCUCCGGCAACGCCCAACUCAGCUGGGUCACCGGGGUCAUACAGUUUGUCUCACGCAGGCGACGCCUACCUCAGCCUGCGUUUGCUCAACGGGGAGGGUCUCAACAUCGCCCCCUCUCUACAGCCGCAGGUGGAUACCCUGCACCGUGCUACACACCUGACGGGCGGCUAUGAGGAGCUGUCGGGAAGUGGCCUCUACACCCCUCACCGCCUGGAUGCUAACAGCUGGCAGGACACCACCACCCCCCCCCCGGUCACCUCUCCUCCCGGUCCUCCUGGCAGCGUCCACUCCGACACCUCCAACUGAUUCUGUGGCUCCCCCUGCCAUCUCUUCAUUCCCUCUGCGGCGGCCCGCUCCGACUGCCAUCCUCCGUCUUCAUUUUCCACCACUCCCUCGUCUCUCAACUCCACAGCCACACAAGGCUGCGCUCGCAUUUCAUAAACACACGCACACUGUGCUGGAACACAGGACAGCCAAACAGUAGUUAGGAGGAGUUGCCCCCCCCCCCCCCCCCCCCCCCCCCCCCCCCACACAGCUCCACCUCGAUGCUAGAAGCUCCCUCACUCUGACUAAAAGAGGGAUGGAGCUCACCGAUGCUGAGACGCAUAGAAAACAUCUUUACUAUCACAGACUUUUUGAAAACCACUGACCCAGCUGUGAAGAUCAUGAUGUCUGUACAUUAUGUGUAUAUUAUGCACGAUAACUUCUCACAGUACCCACGCAGCUUGUCCAUGUGCUGUUGACCUCUGCACUCGACCCUUUGCUUUGGAAAGCUGUUUGUGAUUGCCUGUAUCUCUUGAAGCCUCGGCGUUUGACAGCCAAACUGUUGCUACGGAUCACCAGGGGGCUCUGCUCACCUCGCUCGUACCAAAGUGCUGCCCAGUCAACACAGCUGUUCCUCCGAGACCACCCUCUGCCAACUCAACACAAGACACUGUUAUAUCUUCCAGUCCUUUAUCGCUUGAUGCUUCAUUUCUGUUGGAGAUUUAAACAAAGUGAAUAAUUGAGAUAUGCCCACACACAUUUUCAGUGAGCUGACUUGAAGGAUGUGUCGAGCACAAACGUGAGCAUCUUUGUAGGUGGGGGUAGUUAAGGGGGUCUCUGAUCUGAAGGCAGUGCAGGUGAUAACAGGGCUGGUGAGAGGAGGAGGAAUGGGCAGAGGAGAAUACCUUUGGUUGAGUGGAUGUAACUAAUAGCCCUUUUUUGUUGCUAACCAAUAGAGGGUGUUGGUAGACGGCUUGUAGACUUUACUUCUUGCGUUCUGUCCACUAGUUUAUUUGAUUGUAGGCUAUUUUCUAAUGCUGUUUCACCAAGAAUGCACCAGCCACCACCAAAAAUGAGCUCAAUAAAGCAUCUCAAUGACGUGAGGAGGAGAAGGUGGAACGAUUGUGGGGCAUUGAUGUGUUAUUGGGACAAACGUGACAUGACUUUAGAAACGUGACUGUCUUCCAUGCAUGUAGGACUCCUAGGCGUGAUAUUAUUGUUUUCAUUUAACCUUCCAAGUUUUUAGCUUCGUUUGUAUUAACAAAACAAAUAAUAAUAAUAAAGGGUAUAAUUAUUACAGUCAGACCAAAAAGGAAAAAGUGCAUCAUGUAUUGCUAUGAUGUGUGUGUCUGUGUGUGUACAGUGCUCUUGGGAUGUCUUCGUCACACUGGCUGGUGCCCUCUGACCUUUGUAAGCAUUGUAGAGACUGGGUGCUUCCGCCAGCCAAUGACACUCCAGGUGGGGUCCACUGCUCCCCAUCUCGAAAACAUUUAAGCUUGUUAGCCCGAGGCAACACACUGCAACCUUCUGUUGUGUCAAAACCAAAAAUACCACGUUCAGCAAUGUAAUAAUGCUACUCUGUGUCUCUCUAACGUUGGUGCACAGCCACCUUUUCAGUUCGAGGAGAGGAGGGAAUUAUAUUUGUAUCUGUGUCUCUGUGUGGUGUUGUCAUGCCUCAACUUGAUUUAGAUUUUUGGGGGUUUUGUUGUGGGGCAUCAUGGAAGGGUGGGUGGGUGGAGUGAGGACUGUCAUAUCACAGCUCUAUUUUGAUUGUGAGCGUAUCAGUUAUGCUCUGUAACCCUUCCCCUAACACCUAAAACCACCAUUUGUUUAUAGUUAUACGGCCAAUUGGGCAAGAGCUUCUCUCUCCUCUUUUACCAAAAAAGAGGCAGCACUGGGGGGGUAGUAAAACUCUUAACUCGUGUUUAAGACAAACCUGCAACGUUUUUUCAUUCUUUGGAACUAUUUUAUACAUUAACUUUUAUGUGAUUAACAAAGUAUUUUGAAAGUAAGGUAAAGCCUUAUGCAGUGUCCGUCAAGACUUUCUUGAAUUAUGUUACAGAACAAAACUUGAGCUUAUCACAUGUUGUAUCCCACAUCUGAUUAUUGUUUUGUUACUCAUCGCGGUUCAUACGACUGUAUCUUAUGAAUAACGUUAUCGCCACACCAAAUUAUCAUGCCCCCCUUUUUCUACCUGUUGUAAUGGAUGUCACUGUACAGUUUGUGUAAUGUUUCAGUAUUUUUUUUUUUUUCCUUUUAUAAACUUUGUUGUUCGGUUGAGAUGCCAGUUUUAUUUGGCCUUUGUGUCACAGGAUUCACGAUAACUCUCCAUUUUGAAUAUUAUUUAGGUCUUUUGUUACAUAGCCGGGUGGCUGUAGGGUUUACAGGUGUGACAUUUGGUGCUGUGGAAAGACAAUUCUACACCUAGACAAUAGUAGGUGUACUCUGCCCUAAAGCCUCAUGGGUAACCUUUCCCCAUCAGUCUCAACCUUCUCCACAAUUCUCAGAAUAUUCACCCAUCUGUUUGCCAUUCAAUCCUAAAUCUAUUUAGUUUUCUAAAAGAGGUAUCAAAUAGUUUGAUCGUAUUCAAGUUUAGGUUUACGGAGUUACAAAAGCUUUAAUAGUUACAUGGAGGGUCAUUCAGUUGUGCUCCGGAGGCUUCAAACUGAUCCGACAUGACUUCAUGUAAAUGUGCAGAUGUUGCCGGUUUUGUAGACAUUUAAUCCCAGAAACUAAUUUGUAAUGCCUGAAUAUUGUAAGAAUAUGCAAGCAGAAUAUUUGCUUACAACUGAGAGGAAGUUAAUACUGAAUCUUUGAGGGAUUAGGUGAACUUCAACGUCAUUUAAAAUGGAUGCACCCUGAAUCCAGAGACCUUCACCGUAAAGCAGAUGGUCUACAAUUUGCUCUUUUCAUGUCAACUCACCUCAAACAUGAGAAGAGCCAAAAGCAUUUAUGAGAAACACUUCAAGACAAACAUGUGGUCCACUGAAUUUUUUCAACAUAUCUGCAAAGUUUUUACGGUUAUAUUCUGAAAUGUCUAAAUGACUUCCACCGCGCCAAAUGGCUUCGUAGACCUUUUUGAUUUCUUUGUUUUUAUUAGUAUAUUUGUAUCCCCUCUUUCCCUUGUAUUUACCCCUCUCUCUACCUCUGUCUUUCCAUUUCUCUUGUAUAUAACCCCCACUGUUUUCAGACUUGUGAGUCUGUAUGAACUCCUUUUAUACCUCAACUUUAGAAUUGUUCUAGAAAGAGUAAAACAAAAGGAAGAAUAUGACAAAAUGUAGUGUUCUUAUUAGAAAAUUAAUAAAAUGAUUUAGUGUGA